ACCAAGUGCACCCGCUUCUGUGUCUAAUGUCAGCCCGUCUCGAUCUGUCAGUUCGCUCGGCGCGUCGUCGGUGUACAUCGUAUAUACGCGUUAUCCGUUACUUUAUUCAUUUGAAUCUUUAUAUGAAAUGUAAAAUGUCGCGGCGAGACGCUGUAAGACAGAUCGAUCGUUGUAAAUAAAGUUCUUUGAGGAGAAUUGACGAGUUAACAUCGUUUCUGCGCGAUUAAUCAUUCUAUAAAUUUUAUACGUUAGUGUUUUUCGAUUAUUCUAAGUGACGAUUAUUACAGACUGCUGUUGGAAUUGUCAGUUUUAACAAAGUUUUUACUUCCUGAAUUUAUAUCUUCCCCACCUGCAAUGAUGUCGUAUGAUUAUCCUCAUCCAGUCUCGAGAACGUAUCAAUACAAAAAGAUAACGAAGCCGCUUUUGGAGAGGAAGAGGCGAGCGCGCAUAAAUCGUUGCCUCGACGAACUUAAGGAUCUCAUGGUGGAUGCUUUACAGACCGAGGGCGAGAACAUCAGCAAGCUGGAGAAGGCGGACAUCCUCGAGUUGACGGUGCGUCAUCUGCAGAAGUUGCAGGCCUCGCGACCGACCGGAUUGUCGACGUCGCUCGCGAGCGACGACGAAAUAUCCGCAGAGAGCCGCUGGCAAUCCGGCUUCGGGCAUUGCGCGGCGGAAGCCUGCAGAUUUCUCUCGUCGCUUCCAGGUGAAACCGCGGAGAGGCUGGCGAGACACCUCGCAGCUGGCCUUCAAACGAGCCGGCAAACAAAUUCACCGCCGAAAGCCAAUCUGUCAUCGCCUACCCUGGUCAAUCUGGAUCGCAUCGCCAACGUCGUGGCACCUUGUCCCGUCGCCACCUCCGGCGAAAUUGACUCGACGAUACUUUCUGCAAGCGUGUCGCCGGAGAUCAAAUCCAUGGCCCGUGAUAAGACUGUCGACGCGGGCGCGUCGACGACAACCGCUUCUUCCACGCCUCGAUGUCGGCCCUCGAUGUCGCUCGUUAACGACGAUGAAAAAUUAACAGCAAAUUGCAGCGGCAAACCGAAAAGUAUGAGGGAUCGGCGGCCAACGACAACGAUGACGGAGACAAGGAACAAAACGAAUGAUCCGCAGGACAUUAACGCCGAUGACGACGAAGAAAUCGACGUCGAACGCGUGGACGAGCGCGACCCGAUGUGGCGACCAUGGUAGCGAAUGCAUUUUUUUCGGAAUAAGUGAUCGAUGAGAUGCAUUCAGAGACUAUCUUAGAACCGUUGUUCGUCUCAUCUGGACAUGAUUUUGACGUUUUCGAAGCUGAUUCUUCAAAAUGUUCCCGGCAUCCUGAUUAUUAUUUUAAACUUGUAACUGAGAGUAAAGAGACAAACGAAAUGUAACAUGUUUAUUAUCUACUUAAUUGCAGGUUUAUAUUACUCGAAUGAUAUUUUAUAAUUUAAGGCUUAAUUAAAAAGUAGGUCUAAUGUGUUGCAUAUUAUAUAAAAUAUUAUAUGACAUUUCUUAAUGAUUGAUAGAAGUUAUUGUAAAAAAUAGAAAAAAUAGGACAAAAAUAUUAGAAAUA